GGCGAAGCACCUCUUGCGGCAAUCCUUCAAUGUAACGCGCGCUCGCAAUGUCCUGACUGACCACGACGUCGAAUCCGAACGCGUGGCGAUACAAACACUUUUGCCGUUAGAGACCACUAAACACUCAACGGGCGUGAAUCCUAGUUACUCGCAAUUGUUUACAACGCCGGUUCGGGCAAACACGAACGAACUUGCUUCGCCGUUCCGAUUCAAUUAGGCUCCUCACGGCCUUUCUACGCCAGCGCUGCCCACCAUGGCGUCUCCGAGGCGUAUCCGUGUGAUUACCUAUCUGGUCCUGGCCGCUAUUGUCACGCUCCUCUUCCUCUCGCAAUCCCGCAGCGCCGACUCGCAGGCGCCGCAAGAUUUCUACGCCAAAACCGUCAACGCCAUGGACAGACACCACGCGGCUGCUGGCCAGGCUGGCCAGAAACCUCUCGCCGAUCAUGGUGUGGGUGCGGAUGGAGAUAUCGAUGAGGACGACAGCGUCCUGUCCAGGCAGUUGGCCGACCGGCUGCGGCAGGCCGAGCAAGAAGCGAAGGAGAAUGCACAAGCCAAGGGACCCAACAAGCCCGAGACGCCCGAAGAAGUCGUUGGCGUAGGAAGUUCCGCCCGGGGUCAGGAAAGGCCUGCGCCGGUCGAGAAAGCCCGAGAAGAGCCCGAGAAGACCGAGAAGGACCACGAGGUGGAGGCGGAGCUGAACUCCAUCCUGAAGAGAUCCCCAGUCAUCAUCUUCUCCAAGUCUUACUGCCCGUUCUCCAAGAUGGCGAAAGGUAUCCUCCUUGACAAGUACAUCAUCGAACCCACCCCUUUCGUCGUCGAACUGGACCAGCAUCCCCUGGGGGCCAGGAUUCAGGCGACACUGGGCGAGAUGACGGGCAGGCGAACGGUCCCCAAUGUCAUGAUAUACGGGCAGAGCAUCGGCGGCGGCGACGACAUCUCCGCCCUGGACAAGGAAAAAACCCUGGCCGACAAGAUCGCCUCGCUCGGGCAGGGUCGAAUCAGCGUCUCCCUGCGGUUCGCCCAGAGCGCGCAAAAAGCUGGCUAGAUUAGACCCCGCCGGCUGGGUCUUCCCGAGCCCCGUGUAGACGCAGCUGUCGAUCAGUCAACGGAUGCUUCGCCACAUCAAGUGAGGACAGGGUCCCACCGGACAUGUCCCUACAUGCAGCCACUCUUCGAACACAUGUUGAGGCUUGUGUCCCUCUCGCUGAGCCUGGUGUGCAGGGAGGCUACCUCGGUUUAUAGGCUCAAGAGCCCGGUUGUUUCUCGAUUGGCCUGGUGCCUGCAAGAGCGAGAACUCGCCGUCGAGAGU